GGUCCUCUGCGCAUGCGUGGCGAUGGCCGCGCACAGUACGACGGGAAGGACGCGAGCGCCAUGUUUUUUUGAGGCUCGCCUGCUCGCCGCUCCGCUGUCGAGCUUUCUUGUCAUGCCGCAGAGGUGCGCCGCUGUGGGGUGCACAAAUGCCAGCAACAAGCUUCCGAAGGUCAGGUUUUUUUGCUUCCCUGCAGCUUCUUUACACGCAGCGAAAAGAAAAAAGUGGGUCCAGGCGAUGCGCCGAAUAAAUGUCGACGGAUCGACGUGGAAGCCUACAGCUAACUCGCGCGUUUGCAGCGAGCAUUUCAUAUCAGGAGAACCAUCUAGGUUUCCGGACCACCCCGACAACGUCCCGUCCAUAUUUAAGCACAAGCCUGCGAGCCGCCGAGAUGCUGUUGUGCGUUUUGAAAGGUCGGCCAACAGACGAAGUACUCCGAGCCAGUCUUUCAAACGUUCUCAGCUUCCAAAUACAAAGCCAGCAACCACACAGAGCAGCCAGCUUUCAGGAAGUAACACAUCAAUGGUGCCAGCUGUCCCGGACGAUCCACCACACCACAGCGAUGGCAGCCCAGUGCUGGAACCCGAGGCAGCACAUCAACUUCCAAAGACUCCUGUAUUACACAUUCAUUUUGACUCUGGGGAAAAUGCAGAAACCCAGGCUAGUGAAGCACCUGAGCAUUCUACAGCCAAUCUUGAAAGUGGUGCUGCCAUGCAUGAUGCAUGCCAGCCCGACAAUGUGUCUAGCCUUAGAAUAGCUGAACUUGAAGCCCGUUUAGCUAGUGCAGAACAAUAUAACCUGACACUAGAGUCGCAUUUAAAAGCAGCACAGCAGCACACUGACACCUGGAUAAUGAGCUACUAUGAGCUGAAAGAAACAACACUGUGUCUCUCUAACACGAAGACAGAACAAGACAUGCUGUAUUACACAAGCCUACCGUCCAUGGAUGUGUUUAAUAACCUCCUUUACCUAGUCGUACAUCAAAAUCGACACCUUAAAAAGCAUGAAGAGAUAAAAGCGCACAACACCAAAGAGCAGUUGUUUAUGGUGUUGCCCGCGGCUAGUAGACGCACCGAAAUGGGCUUCAAUGACACGCUCACACACGCGCGGCACAUGGGUCAGGUCGGCAGUCCACGAGCCGCCUGA